AUGGCCGAAAAGCACCUGCGCACCCACCCACCCACCGACGGGGCAAGCAGUCCCAUCCUGCAGGUGCAGGAGCUCGCCUUGCCUGACACCCUGAGCAUAGGGGAGAGCAGUGACCCGAGAGCCAGCAAUCCCGUAACACCCAGCCCAGGAACCAGUAACCCCCGUACCCGCCACCCCGAUCCACCUCCUUUUCCCGGCACGACCUCCCCAGCCCUUCCGUCCCGCUCCCCUCAGCAGACCCGUCCCGGUCGGGUCCAGGCGAACGGCGCUGCCGAGGGGCGGCCCGGCCACACGGCGUACCCGCCACCCGCGCUCCUGGCCGGCAGCCACUGCUGCCGUGCCGUGCCGCCUCUCCCGAUCCCUCUCCCAUUCCCAUUCCCAUUCCCGUUCCCGUCCCCUGCACCCCCGCACCUCCGCGGCCGCCGCCUCCCGCAGCCGCCCCACGCGGCACGUGCCGCUGCCCCGUUCCCGCCGCGCCUCGGCCCCACUCCGCCCCGCGCCUGCGCCGCCCCCGCCCCGCCCCGCGCUGCGCAGCGGAACGGGAAGGGCAGGGAAGGGGAAGGGGAAGGGAAGGAGCGGCGGCGGAAGUGGCCGGUGGCGGGGAUGGAGCUGGGAGGUGGCCGGAGCCGGUAA